CCAGAGGAGAGGCGAAGGUGGUUGUUGUUGUUGUUUUAAAUUGCGACUCACACAGAGUAAAACAAGAACCCAAGGGGACCUUUCCAAAGCUGUUUGGUGAGGAUGCAGAGCACAUUCGAGAGGAGGCAUCGCUCUUGACAGCCCAACUUCUUUGCAUCCGAAGAAGGGCAUGAACCCAGGGGUUUCCUGGGAGCGCAGAACGUUUGAGUGCCGGCGCUCUUUUUGCAGCGUAUUGCUGGAAAGAGCUGGCAGAGAGACGGACACUUGGCUAUGGCUUCAUUUCGGGUUGCCCGCAGACUUUGGUGGGGCUGCAGCAGGAGGUUUGUUUCAACUGAUCUGGUUCCUAAGGUAUCAACAGCUGAGAUUGCACAGAUGCGCAACAAGCUCUUUGCGAAGGAAAAAGAGAGACAAUUGUCUCUCUAUCCACGAAUUGAGAAGAUCGAAGUAAAGUAUGUUGGCAAAUCUCACCCAGGCACUAUAUUUGUAAUGAACAAAGGACUCUCCACACCAUAUACUUGUGCCAUGCAUUUAAGUGAGUGGCACUGUAAGAAAUCUGUACUCGCCCUUGUAGACGGAAAAAUCUGGGAAAUGUACCGGCCUUUCACUCAGUCAUGCGAAAUACAGUUUCUUACUUUCAAAGAUGAAGAUCCAGAGGAAGUGAACAAAGCAUAUUGGCGGUCUUGUGCAAUGAUCUUGGGAUGUGUGCUGGAACAGGCCUUCAAAGAUGAAUACCUGCUGCCAUGGUUCAGAUAUAAAGUGCUUGUGCACGCCUUCUCCUCCUUGCACACCGUUACUCCCACCUCCCUUCCAAGAGACUUGUUAAUCAUUUUGGUGAAGAGCUUUUACAAGGAUUGCCUGAAUGUGAAUCUUAGAGAGCGAAAAGAACUUUCUCAAGUCCCCUCAGAGUGA